UUUUCCGAAGGCACUCGAAAUAAACCGAACGUCGACGAUGGUCGUACUCUGCGCCCUGCGCUAACCUGUCAGUUUGCAUUGCGCAAAGAUGAUAGAUGUUUGUCACGUCCGUUGUAUUCAAUUAAUUAUUUAAAUAUGUAAAUAUGCAAGUGAACCACAUAAACCAAGGGUCACUUUACUAUUUUUUACUUUAAGUUUUUUAUUCAAGUGUAAGUGUCGUAAAGUCAUUCAACGAAUAAAACAUGACAGAAAUUCGGAAGAGAAUAAUUGCCAAUGACGAUCAGAAGGAGGAUGUGGAAUCUGAAGAUGAUGCAAAGUUGGAAGUGGAGGAGAUGACAAAAACCCUCCCACAAGGAACAGAUCAUACUCCUCACAUUCUGGAUUCGGCUCUUUCCGGCUUACCUGAUCGCUGGAAAAAUUGGGUGAUUAGAAGUAUUUUUACACUGUUUAUGAUUGCUGGAUUUUGUGGUAUUAUUUAUAUUGGACCAUUAGCACUAAUGGCUACAACGCUGAUUGUACAAGUGAAAUGUUUCCAAGAAAUUAUUAAUAUUGGCUAUGCUGUCUAUAGAAUUCAUGGUUUACCAUGGUUUAGAUCUCUCUCAUGGUAUUUUCUAAUUACGUCCAAUUAUUUCUUUUAUGGCGAAAAUUUAAUGGAUUAUUUUGCUGUGGUUAUUAACCGAACAGACUAUUUACGUGUACUUGUUACCUAUCAUCGCUUUAUUUCAUUUUGCUUAUACAUUGUUGGUUUCGUAUGGUUUGUAUUAUCACUUGUAAAGAAAUACUAUAUGAAACAGUUUUCCCUAUUUGCUUGGACGCAUGUUGCUCUACUUAUUGUUGUGACACAAAGUUAUCUGAUAAUUACGAAUAUUUUUGAAGGCUUGAUAUGGUUUAUUGUACCAGUUAGUAUGAUAGUAAUAAAUGAUGUAAUGGCUUAUAUGUUCGGUUUCUUCUUUGGCAAAACACCUUUAAUUAAACUGUCACCAAAAAAGACUUGGGAAGGUUUUAUAGGUGGUGGUUUCUCAACAGUAGUGCUCGGUUUAGUGAUAUCAUAUAUCGUGUGUCAGUAUCGCUACUUUGUCUGUCCCAUUGAAUACAGUGAAGCUUUAGGACGAAUGACUAUUGAUUGUGAACCAUCCAGUUUGUUCCAACCUCAGGAAUAUGCCUUGCCUAACAGUUUGCAAGUUGUAUGGAAAGUGGUUAGUGGAAAAUCUACAAUAACAUUGUAUCCAUUCUUACUUCACUCGCUAUCAAUGUCAAUAUUCAGUUCUGUAAUCGGACCAUUUGGAGGCUUCUUUGCUAGUGGUUUUAAGAGGGCAUUUAAAAUUAAGGAUUUUGGAGAUGUUAUCCCUGGUCAUGGAGGAAUAAUGGAUAGAUUCGAUUGUCAAUAUUUAAUGGCAACAUUUGUGAAUGUUUAUAUAUCUUCAUUUAUUCGAACUGCUUCACCACAAAAACUUCUCCAACAGGUAUAUAGCUUAAAACCAGAACAACAACUGCAGUUAUUCCAAACGCUGAAGGAUUCGCUAGAAAACAGAGGUUUAUUAAAUAUAUAUUAAUAUUCCACCACCAAUUGAGAUAUCUAAUUAUAAGAAUUUAUUUUUAAGUAAUACAAAAUGUUAGAAAAGACUAAUUCUAACAAUUCUAACAUUUGUUCGAAUAUUGUGUGCAAUGUAUGUUCGUAUAAAUUGCAUUAACAAUAUUAAUCGUAUCUUCAUAUUAAAUUAUAACGGUAAAGUUUAUUUUAUAAUUAGAAGAUUAAGAAACAUGCCAUGCAACAUUUGCAGUUUUUUUGCAUUCCGCAACAAACAGUCCAUUUUUUAUCGAGGAAAAGAUAUUUGUCAAGCUGUGAUGAUAAUAGAAAUUCAAUUGAGAAUUUCUUUUUUAUCAAGUAAACCAAAGAAUGUUGAAAACACUGUGUGUUGUAAAAGAAAAACUUCCAAUUUCUUACGGAUUUUUUAAGUACAUGUUUUUUUCUCUAUACAAUACAAAAUAUUGAUAAAUUUAUCAAUGAGAU